AUAUCCACUGUUUGUUUGUUUGUAUCGAAACUGGUUUGUGCUGUUGGGUCCGUGAAAAACAAAGCCAGGAGAGCAGAGCAGAGGUGAGAAGAGAAAGAGAUAGGGGACUAGGGUUUGUUUGGGGGGAGUAGAAGCUCAAUGGAAUUGGUAGCAGAGAAGAAGGAAUCCGACAACAAGAUCUCCUCAAACCCUAACUCUCAAUCAGUGGUCGAUCCCAACCCCACUGCUACUGCCGAUAAAGAGUCCGAAGAUCGCGAACGCCAAGCUCGCGACCUCAAAGCUGGUUUGCACCCUCUCAAGAACAAGUUUGUUUUUUGGUACACUCGUCGAACACCUGGAGUUCGAACUCAAACAUCAUAUGAAGACAAUAUAAAGAAAAUAGUGGAUUUUAGUACGGUUGAAGCUUUUUGGGUAUGUUAUUGCCAUUUGGCUCGUCCCUCUUCUUUGCCUAGCCCAACUGAUUUGCAUCUUUUCAAGGAAGGAAUUCGCCCACUGUGGGAGGAUUCUGCCAACUGCAAUGGUGGCAAGUGGAUAAUACGGUUCAAAAAGGCUGUUUCAGGUCGCUUUUGGGAGGAUCUGGUUCUAGCAUUAGUGGGUGACCAACUUGAUUAUCGUGACAACAUAUGUGGUGUUGUACUAAGCAUUCGGUUCAAUGAGGACAUAUUGAGCGUGUGGAAUCGCAAUGCAUCUGAUCAUCAGGCUGUGAUGGCUUUGAGAGAUGCAAUAAAGCGGAACUUAAAGCUUCCCUACAGCUAUGUGAUGGAAUACAAGGCCCAUGAUGCAUCUCUGCGUGACAAGUCAUCGUAUAGGAACACUUGGUUAAGAGGAUAGGGAUGUGCUUGAUUUGCCAAUCGAGCUAGGCAAAACAGAAGUUGCAGAGUCGAGCACUUUGUUGAUCCAUCUGUCAUGGGAUCAUAUUCACAAUCAGUUUACCCUGUGAUAGGACCUAGCAACCUAUGGCGUAUCUUGGUUGAUAUAUGUGCCCAAGAUAUAUAACAUGAUGUUAUCAUUUUACCUACUCUUCCUGACUUAAAUCUGUUGGUUUUAUCUGUUUAAUUUUAGAAUGUGCAAAGGUAUUGUAACUUGUGGUCUGCAUUGGUUUUGCCAACCGUUGAUCUCAUCCGUUAAUUUUAGAUUGAGGGUUGGUUCUUUUCCA